AAUGAAGAAGCACCUCAGAUUUGUUUCCCGUUUGGCUUCUGUGAGUUUAUUCUGUGGUCACAUUCCUCCACGGAGUUAUUUAUUCGUUUCUCUGGAAGCAGGAGAAAAGAGGCCUCCUCCUCCUCCUUUUCCUCCACAAAGUGCAACAGUCCGGCGGGUCUAGCAGCGAGCAGCCGAACGUGGAGGCUGAAGGGCGGCGUGCUGCGCGGAGCUGGUCGGUAACACAACAACACAACAAAGUGCUCCGCUCCGCCGCCGAGUUUCACGGUGUGUGUGUGUGUGUGACUUUCUCUCCAUAGAGUUUCACUGAGUUUACAUCCGGGUUUUUUCCCUAGGCAAUGGGAGUCGCAGCACCGCCGUUCCUUAGGCAAAGUGAAAUAAAUUCGCCGCACCGACACAAAAAGUAGUCCGCUUCCCGAACACAUCCCCCCCGCGCCUCGGCUCGCUCAUCGGCCCGAUUUAACGAACUUUAACGGCCAUAAGGACCGACAUCGACCGCUCCCCGGCGGAUAAGCGAGCUCCCGCCGGAGCCGCGAGGAGUUUUUGUGCCCCUUCGUCCAGCUCCGCGGCGCAGGGAUCUGUGAUGUGCUGAGGCUGAGCUGAAUGAGAUUGAAGAAGAGUUCUUCUUGUUUUGUAGCUUCAGUUUCUCUCUUUUUACACAAUUUCCACUAAAAGUCACCCCGAAACACGACAGCUGGGUCCAGCCCCGCGGGGAGGAGGCGGCCGGGCUGUGUGUGCGCCUCUGUUUCACCGCGGAUCGGCUUCUUACACACAUAUAUAUUUAAUUAAUCCAGAGGAGGACUGCUGCUGAGGCAGCACAGAGGGGUGGAGUCCGGUCCCACAGCCAGGUGCACCACUUUAAUGCUUCAGUUGGAUGGUUUUCCUACUGGAGACAGUGUUCAGGCUGAUCGAUCGGCUGGCAGACUGACUGGAUCCAUGAUGGAAUUACAGACGUUACAGGAGGCCCUGAAGGUGGAGAUCCAGAUCCAUCAGAAACUGGUUGCUCAGAUGAAGCAGGACCCUCAGAACGCAGAUCUGAAGAAGCAGCUCCACGAACUUCAAGCAAAGAUCACAGCGCUCAGCGAGAAGCAGAAAAAGGUGGUGGAGCAGCUGAGGAAGGAGCUGCUGGUGAAGCAGGAGCCGGAGGCCAAGCUGCAGCUGCAGGUCCAAACUCCUCCAGGAGGAGGAGACAUCAAGCCGGCCAACCCACUGCAGAGCCAGCAGAUACCUGGAGCGCUGCAGCAGACGCUGACAGUGACGCCGGUCCUCACCACGAAGACGCUGGUGCUGAAAGCUGCCCCCGGCACCGUCCUGCCGCAGCGCCCGCCCACCGUCGCUAUGGUAACCACAGCUAUCACCAAACCCGACUCGCAGAACGCCCCCAUCAACCUCCAGGUGGCCGGCAAGCUGACCAAUCAGAGCUCGGAGCCCAUGCGACUGGUGUCCAAGAACGCCAUGGUGGUGCAGGCCGCCGCCGCCGCCGCCCAGCCAAUCAAAGUUCCUCAGUUUGUCCCGCCUCCUAGACUGACGCCUCGACCCGCCUUUCAGCCACAGGUCCGGCCAAAGCUGGCCACGCCCACCAAUGUCCCUAUCGCGCCGGCCCCUCCCCCACCCAUGAUGGCGGCCCCCCAGUUGCUGCAGCGGCCCGUCAUGUUGGCCACCAAGCUCUCGUCCUCGCUGUCGUCGUCGGCGCCCAUCCACCAGGUCCGCAUCGUCAACGGCCAGCCCUGCAGCAAGACCGGUGCCGCCCCGCUGACGGGCAUCGUCAUCACCACGCCAGUCUCCGCUGCACCCACCCGCCUCGCCAGCCCCGCCCAGGUGCCCCUGCCCACCCCCGUCCCCACUCAGACUGCGGUCCAGCCGAUCCAGAUCAGCAGCCUGACCACUGAGCCCAAGCAGACUGUUAAACCGGGAGGAACAGAGCAGCACGCCGUCGUCAGCCUCCCGUCCUCCUCCUCCUCCUCAACCCCUCCUGUGUCUCCUCCUCCCAGGCCCCUCAAGAAAGAGGAGAACCCAGAGAAACUGGCCUUCAUGGUGUCCUUAGGCCUGGUAACACACGACCACCUGGAAGAAAUUCAGAGCAAAAGACAGGAGCGUAAGAGGAGAACGACGGCCAACCCGGUGUACAGCGGCGCCGUGUUUGAACCCGAGAGGAAAAAGAGUGCAGUGAGUUACCUGAACAGCCCUCUUCACCAGGGGACCAGGAAGAGAGGUCGUCCACCCAAAUACAGCAGCGUCCCGGACCUGGUCAGCCUCACCCCGACCUCCCCCUCCAGCCCCGUCCAUCCCCUCCCCCUGCCCAGCCCCAGCUCUGGGGAUGGAGACAUCCAUGAGGACUUCUGCACUGUGUGCAGACGCAGUGGCCAGUUGCUCAUGUGCGACACGUGUUCUCGUGUUUAUCACCUGGACUGCCUGGAUCCACCCCUGAAAACCAUUCCUAAAGGCAUGUGGAUCUGUCCAAAAUGCCAAGAUCAGAUCCUGAAGAAAGAAGAAGCCAUUCCCUGGCCCGGCACCCUGGCUAUCGUUCAUUCCUACAUCGCUUACAAAGAAGCUAAAGAAGAGGAGAAGCAGAAGCUGAUGAAGUGGAGCUCGGAGCUGAAACUGGAGCGAGAGCAGCUGGAACAGAGAGUCAAGCAGCUCAGCAACUCCAUAACAAAAUGCAUGGAGACCAAAAACACCAUCCUGGCCCGCCAGAAGGAGAUGCAGCUCUCCCUGGACAAAGUCAAACACCUGAUUCGCCUCAUCCAAGCCUUCAACUUCAACCAGGCUCUGGCAGAGACGGAGGGCAAAGACAUGAGAGUCCCGGACAGGGCUGAGGCCGCGGUCAGCUCUGAAGCUCUGCCCAAAGUCAACUCGGCGGAGAAGGUGAAGGCGGGGAGCUCCUUGGCCAGCGUCAUCACCGAAGGGAGCAAGCCCGAGGAGCACGGAGCCGCGGGGAGCCACCAGACGGGCGGAGACACCUCCGGCCAGCCCGACAGCACAGUCCUAACGGCAGAUAGCGGCACCGGCGUGGGGGCGGACGGAAAGGCGGGGCCGGGGGGAGGGGCUAACACGGGGACUGGUCUCCAGGCGGAGAUCGUAGCCAAGCCUGAGACUGAGGUGGCCGCGGCAGCUAACGUUCCCGCUUCUUCGGCCGUCGCCACCACCAACGGCACAGCCGAGCCAGCCCGUCCCGAUCGGAGCCCCGGUGGAGGCCAUGGCGCCAACGCCGCCACCGGCUCUGAGAACAAGACGACUGCCGUCAACCCCCCAGAGACGCCGGCGGAGAAGAAACAGGAGGAGAUCACCGGAAGCGAUGGCAGCAACACCAACAACAGCAAAACCUCAGAACCCUCCCAGCAUUCUUUGCCAGCUCUCGUCAGCAGUUUGGACAAUAAAAAGUAACGCGGCGUCUCUUCAGUCGGGGAAUUCAAACAUAUAUAUUAAAAAAAAGACUCUUGCUUGCACCGUGUGGUGCCCUGAAGUUGCCAAUCUGUAUAAAUGUUGUUUGUUUGCAUUGUAUUGUCAGACUGUGUCAAUGGUAGAUAUACAGCCCAAGUCACGUGACUCUGGGAAGACGUAGGCUGUUCCACCCACUGAGCUGGGGUACAGGAAGGCGUGCGCACCAGUGUCAUCAUGCCAAUUAGUGAUAGACGUCAUGGUGGGAAUGCUCAAAGGGAGAUUUAACUCAUCAUCACACCAGUGUGUGCCUGUUACAGUGGCCCCUGUUCCCUGCGAGGUGGGGAGACGGUUCACAUGGGUACGAAGAACGCCGAGAACGUGGAACCAAACAUCUGUCAGGGGUUACUGGUCUAAAGCAGUGUUGUGAUAAAUGAACCUGUUCGUGCCCUCGUCCCAACGAACUUAAUGUGAACGACCCUGAACCUUAACCAUCCGUCCCGACCUUCCCAAUCGUACGAUCCUCGCCCGGCCGACCUCCGGAUCUCUUCGGUGAGGAGAGAAACCCGUGCAUACCUUCACCCCUUCACUGUGAAAAGGCUUCAGUUUGCUUCAAACACAGAGUGGUACCAACCACAGGCGCUGCAGAUGCAAACAGUCUGUGAAUUACGGUGAACUUUGCAGAGAAAAUGAUGCGUUAGCCAACACCACUCACGCUGAGCGGCCUAACUUACCUUAACCCAGGUACCCGACAGCUGGGUACAAACAACUGUUGAAGGGAGCGAAAGAUAAAAGGCUGAAAAUGGGAUUUUCAGUCCGUCCUCAAAGUUGAUUACCGCUAACAGCUCUGAAAAUCAUACCUUAGACUGAUAACCUUCGAUAUCAGCCAGAGACCCUCCUCAGACAUCGUCUUUUUAAAGACGGCGGUUGGCGCUUUGAAGCAUGCGGCUGCCUUGAAGGUGACGGGUCUGACUUUCCAGAUGAGACUGAUUGGCAGCAUGUCCGCUCAUCAAACCACACGUACACCUGGUGGUGUAAACCCGGGCUCACCUGCCCAGGUCCGAGAACAAUACACAUUAUUGCAGAAACCUCAAAGGCCUCGACAUCGUCGCAAGAAAAGCUCUGUUGAAGCACACUGACGCCUUUGGAAAGACUUCCCAAGCGAUCCAGAAUCCCUACAUUAUUCCCACUCCCAGUCACCCGGUAACCAAACGGCCCAUCCUCUCCCCAUCUCCUCCCACCUGAGCUCAGGCAGCAAAGACGCCGAGCGGCGCGUUCGGCAGGUACAAAGGACGAGGUCGAACAGGCUCGGUAGCCGAACAGAUGUUUUCAGUGGUGUCGGUCAAGUGUAGUGAUUGAGUUUUCAUUCGUGAGUCAAGUGUGUCAACUGUGAGCACUAAAUGUGAAAUUGCAAUAUUGCAAUGUCAACACACACAAACUAUAUCUGGGCUGUGUUUCUUUUUUAUAGGAAAAGAUAUUCAGGUCUUCCUAGUCUUCUUCAGAAUAAGUGCUUUCUGUUCCUGAACCUGCUGGACUGGCAUUAUCCACACACAAAGGAGUCCUCUUUUUGAAGCGGUCGUCUUUGCAUCGUGUGCGUUUCUGUUGAAUCCUGAACUGCCAAAACGACGUACCCAAAUUCAGCAGGGACAAGUCCACUUACUGUAUCGAAAGAUCAAAUCACCGGCGUUGUAAGAUAUUUAGAUGCUACCAUUUCAGAAAUUGGAAGUCCCCAGAUUGAGACAGGAGAGCUUACUAAACAAUAACAUUAAAGGAACUUUUUUCCUUCAAACGGAGGGAUUUGUCGUACGAAGCUGCUCCUUCCGACGGAUCUCAAAGGACGAUAAUCCUGAGAUUAAAGCACAAGCUUGCUGCAUUACAAAGAAGUGCUGAAGAGCUUUUUGUAUGUUAAUAUGGAAUUAAACAGAGUAUGCAUCUCUUUGUUGUGAUGUGACUUAUCCCCCACAUUGCCAAUAUUUUUCUCGGAGGACACACAAACCUCUGUCUGACGUGCGUAGUUCCUGUUUUUGGGAGGAGCGGCCCGAGAAGCGCCUUCGUCCCCUCGCGGUCAGACAUGUGCGUCUCUUUUCUUUCUGUGUGGCCGAAGCGCGACGCUGUCGUUUGUGGCUGUCGGUUCAGGUGGGUCUGCUGAGCCGAUCACUGCUGGCUUCUUGUUGGGAGCGAGGCAAUGACGGCGCCUCUGGUUGUGCUGGAAUUUCUGUCGCUUUCUUUCUUUGAGCUGUUUUGGAGCAUCGUUGCCCAGGUUUCAGUCGCCCGGCGGCGUCUUCACCCCUGACUGCCGACGCCGUUUGUUUUCUGUCAUCGUGCACGUUCGCUGGGAAUAGAGCCGCUGGAUGCAGAGCUCCAUAUCGCUGCUCUGUUCUUUGCAGCUGGUCGAGAAGUCGAGCGAUGACCUCGAGCAGUAAAAAAGAUUUUGUGGCCUUUGAGUCGGGAAUUCAAAACGAUGCGUUGGAGCGCCAAAGUGACACGGCCAGCUCCAAAGCAUCCAAGCAGCACACUGGACGUGUGUGACUGAGGCAGGUCAGGAGCUCUGCUGUGAGUGGCUGUGAUACCCUGUAGGUGCGGGGUAGGCCCAGCAGCAGAGGAGGAUGAGGAACACGUGAAGGUGGCCGCGUGUUUCAGCCUGUGUUGCUUACUGAUGAAACGUCAGUAGUUGGACUUUCCUGCUAACACCUGUACAGUCUCUGGAGUGCAGAUAGAAGGCGUUUAGCGACGUGCACGUGGCGGUGACCGCAGAGGUGAACACGCCGCAGGGCGACUGCGGGUGACUGUUAACUUCAUAUCACUACGACCAUGUCGGCAUAUCUGACACCCGGUGUUCUCGUAUACAGACCGCCUUCAUUCAGAAGAUCCCACAGAAACGUUUCCAUGCGUUUGGCCGCCGUGUCGCGUUUUAUGCCGUCGGUCUGAAUGAAGAGCUCGGCCAUUCGAACACAGACAGGAAAGAAGAGCCAGAGAUGCAACUCUAACAAAAAAAAAGAAAAGAAAAAGGCAACUAACGUGUCCCCGGGUCCCUCUGAGUAUCAUUCGUUGUGUGUUUUGUUGUUUGUCGGCGUUCUUCAUCACACGAGGCUGUGUUCACUCAUAGGUAGAGCAGAGUAGUCAUCGAGUCUCAACAAGGUUUUCUUUCAAAGAGCCCGAACUUGUGUUCCAGUCAGACUGGACCUCUCCCUCUGUACAGUAGGUACCUCGAGUGCCUUUCUUCAAACAGCAGAUAAUAUUUGUCUCUUGACUUGCACUGUGACUUGUAGAACCUUACUAACCCCUCCGUAUGACCCUCCGGUCCCCCGUCCCAGGAGCUCCCCCCAAACUCCGGAGCACAAACUCGGUCCCUCCACCUCAGGCUGCCAGUAGUCGAUGCAAGUUAAAUCUACAUUUCAUAUAUGAUGCCGUUUGAAAUCGACCGCAUAGUGUUUUGUUGAUGUUUAAUAGAGGAGUUGCCUUAAAUGUGUUUUAUUUUAGUUUUUUUCUGUGAUUAACUUUUACAUUCGGAGAAAAAAAACACCUGUGCAGACGCGAAGGUCAGAGGUCGUUUGGUGAGAAGCAGUCGGGGUUUUCCCGACGAUGAUGAUGAUGACCCGCUCGGAGCUGUGUUGUGAUGCACUUUUUGAUUUGACCAGUAUUAUCGGACCGGGAUCGGUCAGCGACGCAGAGCGCAGGCGUGAAUCCCAGUUCCCCGGAUUUCCUGGCUGGACUCGCGUUCGUUUUAUUUUGAAAGGUCCGUCGUUGCCUCUGCACUGUUCUGGUUCUUCUUUGGCUUCAGAUAACGCCCGAGUUUGCUAAAUCAGGUCACAUGAGGCGUCUGGCAUGAUCAAACUUUGACCCGAUUAACAGCAUCUGUCAGUGCAGCGGCGGCAGUGGAGCGCAUGCCUUCUUAUGCAAACUUUGAUAAUAGACGUGUCGAAACGUUUUUUUGAUAUGCAUCUGCUUUGAUUUUUACGUUUUCAUGUGAAACUCGAGUCACUUUCUUUUCUUUGGGCGUUCUGGCAGACACGGAUGCCAGAGCACGCCGUUUAGGUGUUAAACGUUGCAGCGACCAUCCGCGUUCAACGGGUUUCUUCAGAAUCAGAAGGUUUUUCCAUGGAUGUAUGAAGAAGAACUGGACACCUGUUCUCCACUGACACGGUGCCGUUUGUGGGGCGGUCCUACCGCAGAACGCUUACCGGUGAUUGGUAGAAGUAGCCUGUGGAUUUGGAGUAACGUCACCCCAAGUUUGACCAGCGCUUGGUUCAAACAUGAACGCAGUCGACGGAUUGUGUCCGCCGCUAGUUUCUUUCUGGGAAGUUACCCCAACUUUGACCUCAUCAGCACCUUGUCAGUGGAACGCAGGAGGAAGAUCAUCGAAAAAGUAGUCCUAGCUUUGUCUGGCUCGUGGGUUAACUCUUUUCCUGGCAGGUUUUCAGAGAAAUCGCUGCUCUGAUUGGUUCUGCUUUGUUCAAUGACUGUUUGAUUCAUGGCUUGGCCGAGGUUUAGGUGAUGCCGGGCUACAGAGCAGGAGAUCUGUGGGGGGAAGGAGGCAUGCGUUAGGCCUGAGUGUCUGCCCUGCGUCAGCUCUCUGAAUACAUCCAUGGGUUUAGGUUCUUUGUUGUAGUCUUGAUUUGGCUGAUGUGGCGUGCCGACUGUUGGGAUCCCAGCAGAGCUGCGAGGGUUCGGGGAGGAAGGCUCUCUCUAAAUUGCUUCUCAGUUUCGAUUUCUCUGAGCCGUCCGGGUGAACUUAUCCAAAGAACACUGAGAACAUACAUUUAGUCUCUGCAUAUCAUACGGAUGUCGUUUUCCUGCGUUGGCAUCGCGCUCGUGCAUUCCCGCCUGUGGUCACAUUAACCGCUCAUGCAUUAAAAAAUAAAAAAGACUGUGCUGGGGGGUCGUUCCUGCGAGGUAGUUUGCUCUGACUUUUAAGUUGUAUCAGUUUUAAAACGAUCAAGUCAUGAUUGUGGCCUUCUAGUAUUCUGUCGGUACAUGACGUCAUUAAUCUCUCGUGCCCGCCCGCCCAUCUGUCUGGACCCAAACGUACACCUGCAGCUUCUUACCUCAUCCACAGCUGAUUCCAUCUGGGUGUGUUUGAGUGCAAAAAAAAGAAAAGUUCAAAAAAAGAAAAAACAAAGAAAAGUCUUUUUUUAUCUUCCAUUUGGUGAGAUGCAUUGUAGCGAUAUGAAUAAAGAAAAAGUUCACCUGGUGUGCUGAAUAAUGUGUAAAUUGGUAAUUACACAAUCUGAAUAUUUGUAUAAUUGUUUGUAUUUUUUCAUAAUGAUUUUGGAAAGGAAUGUGUUUAUUUUUUUGACUUCUGUUCCAGAUGUGUCUUCUGUUGGCCUGACAUUGUGACUGGUCUGGUGGGAUUCUUACCUCUGUAUUGAGCCUCUUCUGUGAUGAAUUCUUUGUAUGCAGUGUUUAGGAAAUACUGUAGGGAACAUGGGGAGGAGUUGAUAUUAGGAGCAUUUGAUCAAUUUGUAUUUAUUUAUUUUAUCAUUUUGUUAAUAAAUUGUGAAAAGCA